CGCAGCGCAAGCAGAGAAAAUAGGCCGCCAUUUUGAUUGCAAAUAAUUGCCUAAAACCUAUUUCUAAACCCCUUUAAAAAUUCCAGUUUUAGCUGACAUAACAGCUAAAUUUUCCACGUCGCUGGAAAACAGCUACACAUUCAAGACAUCACAUUAGGAGACUGUCUGACGCGUUAGUGAACCCUCCACAGAGCCUACGGCGAGGGAAAAAGAUGUAUAUCACCACUGGAAUACAGCGAGACUCCGCGACCGUGAAUAACAACUGCAUGCAAGUAUCAACCGGGAACUUGAACUUGGGACAACCGUCGUCGAAAGAGCUGCUUCUUAACGGCAACAUUGGGGCCGUGUCUCCCACCGACAACUCUUCGUACGUGCUUCUGGAGAACCAGAGAAAUAUGAACGGGACGAUCACGACAAAGAUGGCCGCCUUGGACAUCAUUAACGGAGGUGGUACCAUGGGAACGAGUGAGAUCGGGUACAAGAGUGACGACUUUCAGGAAAACGAAGCCAACCACAUAAACCAGAAUAGCACGUCCAUCUACGAAUACACCAACAACAAGAUCAUCCGCAACAUCGUUGGGAACGAUCCAGACCCACUGGAGAACGCUAACCACGCAGUUGUUGACACUGCCACCUUAGAGAAGGACGCUUUCGAGAAUUCGGAAAACUCGAAUAUGCCGGAAAACUCCACCACGGAUGAUCCCAAAUACAUCAAAGAGGAGGAAGAACCGGUGCGAGACCUUCCGAACAAUGACUCACUCGACAAAUCCGAUAACUCGGAAGAGGAAGUGGAGAAUGCUGAAGGUGAUGCCCAGGAGGAAAAGGAGUUCAAUGGUAAUAGAAUUGGUGAAUACAAGAUGGCAGCGCCCGAGCCAGACAGCGAUAGCGACACGUUCGAAUUCUCCCAGGCAGAGAAGUAUGAUCAAGAGGUGGACUCAGACGACACGCUUGCCCCUACUCCUCAAGAGAAAGAGAUCCCAAGUCUUGAAGGGCAGGACGAUCUUGAGGCUCAAGCGUCUAAGGAGGUUGACUUGGAGUUGACGGAAGUUGAGAAAGGAGCGGGCGCAAGAAGCAUCCGUCAGAUCAAGAGCAGCUUGGAAGAAAAGGUCCGACGACUUCAGGAGGAAAAGAAGAUGGUGGAAGACAAAAUCCGAUUAGCUCAGGAGGAGGAGCAGAUCCGAGCGCACGAGAGGAGCAAGUACCAGCGCCAACUGCGCAUGUGCAGACGGGACAUGAUGCUGCGCAGACUCCGUGACCUCGGGGUCGAGCUGGAGGACCAGGCGGCGCGGCUGCAGGUGUGCUACAGCAGUCUGCUGUCCAUGAAGAUGGAGAACUGGGUGGGAAAGGACGACGAGUAGGAAACAGAAUGACAAGACUGUGAUAACUGUAGUGUUGCGAUUGUACAUAUAGAGGUAGGGUAAGUCGAAGACGGCUGCGGCAGGAGAAAAGUACGAAACAUAACUCAACAGUUGUGUUGGUAAAUGUCGUUCUGGGUCAAAGUUAAACCGUAACUUCCAUCACACAAAAAAUUGGAUUUACCCAAAUGAAGAUGGAGAACUGGGCGGCAAAGGACGACGAGUAGGAAACAGAAUGACAAGACUGUGAUAACUGUAGUGUUGCGAUUGUACAGAAGUAGAUUGUAUAGAGGUAGCUUUAAGAAGAGGUGGAAGACGGCAGCAAUGUUGACAAGUUGGAAACAUGACUUAAAAGUUGCGUUCUUGAAAAUUGUACCUUCUAACUCAAAUUCUCGACUGACAUCAAAGGAUGACGAGUAGAAAACAGAAUGACUGUCUUCAGGCUUACAGUAGUGUUGCUGUACAUAUAGAGGUAGCUUUAAGGACAAGCGGUGAACGAUGGCGAAUGGUGGCCAGUAGGAAAGUUGUGUUGGCAAAUUGUACAUAUAGAGGUAGUUUUAAGAAGAGGUGGAAGACGGCUGUAAGGUUGUUAGUUGGAAACAUAACUUGAAGGUUGCGUUGGUAAAUUGUGUUAAUCUAGAUCAAAGUUAAACUGUACCUUCAAACACAAAAAAAUUGGACUUACACAAAUUCUCGACUGACAUCAAAGGAUGACGAGUAGAAAACAGAAUGACUGUCUUCAAACUUACAGCAGUGAUGCGAUUGUACAUAUGGAGGUAGCUUUGAGAAUAAGUGGAAGACGGCUGCGAAGCAAGACAAAUAGGAAACAUAACUUGAAAGUUUUGUUGGUGAAUGCCAUUCUUGAAUAGAGUUUAACUGUACCACCCAACACACAAAAAAUUGGACUUACACGAAUUCUCGACUAAGCAACUCCAUUCUUUGUCAAUUUCUAGGAAUGGAGGGCUCUACGCCCAUGUCUUAACAGAGACGUGGGACACUAUAGACUUUCUGCAGCUUAUGAUCUACGUCACGUAUUCUACCUGCACAGAACGUCAUGGAAGCAGUGAAAUGCUCAUUCCUUGACGAAGACUUUUGUUGGUCAAUCGAAAAUUUGGGUACGUCCAAUUUUAGGGUUGGAAACUACAAUUCAACGUUGACCCAGAGCGACAACAAUACUGACAAGCUUGUGUCUGACUGUAGUGAUGCGAUUGUACAUAUUAAGUAACUUUGAGAAACAUUGCUUCGAUGCUGGAUGUAUCUUAACUUGAAGCAAAUGUGGAAAUUACAUCAGGCUAGAUGUUUUGUAUAGAAUAACCAAGAGUACAGCCCUUCGUGUUUAUGUAAAAUCAGUUCAACUAAAUGUGGAAAAACAGGACGAGCCGUACUUUAACUACUGAUGAUCGUCAAAAUUUGACUUAUAGUUUAUGUGAGAAAAAUUGAAAUAUUUGUUUCUAUCUAGACAGUUCUAUCCUUGUAACGAACGUAGUGGUAAAGCACAAUGCUACAGAAAUAUUUUUGUCAAUGAUAUUUGAUCCAUGCAUAACAUUAACAGUAGAAUAGUGAACUACGUCAGUCUUCUGUGAUACUAUCGGCUGUUGAAA